CUCUUAAUAACUUUCUCAGAAACCCCAUCAAGCCACAAGCUUCCACCUUUUCUUUUCUUUUCUUUUCUUUUCUUUUUUUUCCUUCUGUACAAUCCACAAUUAUCUCAAUAUACACAAUUAAAUAAAUAGUCAUCUCUCUGUCUCCACCUUACUUUUUAGUUUUUUCUUAUUCAACUAAUCCAAAUUAUGCAAAGAACGUCUCCUCUUGUGGGUUCUGUUUGUCCACUUCAAUAUUGGCAGCAGGAAUCUCUCCUUUCUCUACAAAUCAACUCAACCCUGUUUUUUCCCUUUGUUUUAAAUAAUAAUACCUUCAAUUAAAUUUAAAUUUUUUAUGGAUUUUUGUUUAGGGACCAUACAUUUCUACCUUCCCCCUGUAAUCAUCUGCCACACUAAACUAACCAGCAUCUACCUACACAUACAUGGUUUUUAUAUAAGCAUAACCCAUAAACUUUGGUUCAUUUCUCAUUUCUCUCCCUGUUGAGAUAUUCUCUCCCAUCCUUGAAGCAAAGCAGCUUUCACUUUUUUAUAUCCUCUCUUUUUCUGGUUUCUGGGUUUCUGUGCUCUCUUUGAGAUCUGCUUUCAAUAAUGGGUUUCUUUCAAGGCAGCUGUUCAGACACAAGGGAGCCUCCAAAUAGUAUGAGACCUCUCUGCGCUUGUUCCUCCACAGACACAGAUCACUACUGUGACCAUAAUGAGCUCCAGAUAAGAACUAGUUUGAGAAAGAUGGUUGGGCAACUUGGCUUGGCCUGUUUUCUCCCAAGUGAAAGCAACAAGAGCAGCAAAAUCAAGAAUGCAAAUUUGGAGCACAAUAAGGCAUGGUUACUGGCAGAAUCUGGUGGAUGUGGUGGUGCUGAGUUAACAAAUGCUGAUCCACAAUCAGUUCAUUCAUCUUUCAGGUUCAGUUUCUGCUCUCAGGUCGAGCUUGAGUCUAUGAACGUGAAUUCUUCAGCUUCUGCAACUGUUUUAAUGGUGAAUUUGGACAAUGGGUUGAACGAGACUAGAGCAAAAGAACUCAAAUGGAGGAGAAUUCAGUCUCUUGAGCGAAGUAUCUACCCAGUGGCAAAUUCUUUGGUCAGAUUUAGUUACAAUGAAAUUCUUGCUGCUACCUGUAAUUUCUCGAAAGAUAAAGUUUUGGGAAGAGGAGCUUUGAGCUUUGUUUUUAGGGGUAGAGUUGGACUCUUGAGGACAGCUGUGGCUAUUAAGAGAUUAGACAAGGAAGAUAAGGAAUCUCCAAAGGCUUUUUGCAGAGAAUUGAUGAUUGCCAGCUCUCUUCACAAUCCAAAUAUUGUGCCCCUUGUUGGUUUUUGUAUUGAUCCGGAGGAGGGUUUGUUCUUGGUGUACAAGUAUGUCUCUGGUGGGAGCUUAGAGCGCCAUUUGCAUGAGAAGAAGAGAGGAGUAAAAGGUGGUUCAGCACUUCCUUGGUCGGUGAGGUAUAAGGUGGCACUGGGGAUUGCUCAGGCAAUUGCUUAUUUGCAUAAUGGAACUGAGAGAUGUGUUGUUCACAGAGACAUUAAACCCUCAAAUAUACUCCUUUCUUCCAAGAAAAUACCCAAGUUGUGUGAUUUUGGAUUGGCUACUUGGACCUCUGCACCCUCAGUGCCUUUUCUUUGCAAAACUGUCAAGGGAACUUUUGGUUACCUGGCUCCUGAGUAUUUCCAGCAUGGGAAGGUAUCCGAUAAGACUGAUGUGUAUGCUUUUGGAGUGGUCCUCCUGGAGCUAAUAACAGGAAGGAAACCAAUUGAAGCAAAACGGCCCCCUGGUGAAGAGAAUUUGGUACUCUGGGCUAAACCUCUUUUGAACAAGGGAAAAGGAGCAAUUGAAGAGUUGCUUGAUCCGCGUCUUAAAUGCACUUUGAGAAAGACAACUCAAAUAACCCAGAUGAUUCAAGCUGCUGCUGCCUGCAUAAGUAAUGAGGAAUCUCGACGACCAGGCAUUGCACAAAUUAUUGCUAUAUUGAGAGGAGAAGAAGAGCCAGUCUACUACAAUAAGAAGAAGUCCAAUUUCUCUGGGAUUAUAGAUUGCUACCCUCAGCUACAACAGACAAAAAGUGAGAUGAGUAAUCACUUAGCUUUGGCAAUGCUAGGAGUUUCAGAGUUUGAAGAUGAAGAUCACCUUUAUUGUCGUUGACACCUGGCCCAUUUAACUCUCUCAUCCCCCCCCCCCCCUCCUUUUGGUUCUCUCAUUUUGUUGCUUGCUUGCAGAAGAGUGCUACUAAUCAGAAUAGAAGAGGUGGUGAAAAUUGUAAAUAGGAAAAGAAGUGAGAAACUGUGUAUAUAGAUACCAUACCUCAGGGGAAGAGUGUGCUAGAUUUUCGUUUAAUGUUUAGGCUUUUUUUUGGUUUGUUUCCUCUCUCCAAAGGAUUCCUGCAGCGCAGUGUAUCCUGUGAAUGUAUUUGUGGGACAGAAGUGCACCAUUUUUAUGUGCACCGAGUGGAUUCUUUCUUGAUAAGAUGAGAUUUUGCA